AGAGUCAGCAGGAGUGAGUUCAGGAAUCCUCGGGACAAGGCACUUUCCUGAGCACUGGACCAGCGACCUCUUGGCUUCCAGGGAGGACACACAGCCAUCAUGGAACCCAAACCUCAGAAGAGUCCAGGUACCUGAGGGGUAUAAUCACAGAAGCAGAAAUCUUUUUAUUGAAAAUGCCCCACAGUUUCCUUCAAGCUAACCAGGAUACGGAACUUGGUGGUUUUUGUGCAAGCAAUUUACAUUUUCUUAUGAAAAUGAAGUCUGCAAACAAGAUUACUUUAUUAAAUCACCACCUUCUCAGCUGUUCUUCUCUGUGACCUCUUGGAAAAAGCGGUUUUUCAUCCUGUCAAAGGCUGGGGAAAAGAGCUUUAGUCUUUCCUAUUAUAAAGACCAUCAUCAUCGAGGUUCCAUUGAAAUUGAUCAAAAUUCCAGUGUAGAAGUUGGCAUAAGUAACCAGGAAAAGAUGCAAUCUGUGCAGAAGAUGUUUAAAUGCCACCCUGAUGAGGUCAUGUCCAUCAGAACCACUAACAGGGAAUACUUCCUCAUCGGCCAUGACAGGGAGAAGAUUAAAGACUGGGUCUCCUUCAUGUCAUCAUUUCGCCAGGAUAUAAAAGCAACACAGCAGAACACAGAGGAGGAACUCUCAUUGGGUAAUAAAAGAAGCCUCUUCUACCCCAGCCCUCUCCUUGGCCCUUCCAGCACACAGGAGGCUGUUGGCUCCAGCUCACCAAGAAAUGGUCUCCCAGACAAGCAUUUAAUGGAACAAAGUUCUCCAGGAUUUAGGCAAGCUCAUCUACAAGAUUUAUCAGAAACCACUCAAGAUGUGAAGGAAGAGAAUCAUUAUCUCACUCCUCGAAGUGUUCUUUUAGAGUUGGAUAAUAUCAUUGCUUCCAGUGAUUCUGGUGAAUCCAUUGAAACUGAUGGUCCAGACCAGGUCUCUGGAAGAAUCGAGUGUCAUUAUGAGCCAAUGGAAUCCUAUUUUUUCAAAGAGAUGUCCCAUGAGUCUGUGGAUAGCAGCAAAGAGGAACCCCAGACCCUUCCAGAGACCCAGGAUGGGGGCCUCCACCUGCAAGAACAAGGCUCAGGAAUUGAUUGGUGUCUUUCCCCUGCCGAUACGGAAGCACAGACCACAAAUGACCAAAAGGGUAAUAUCCCUGAUGAAAGCCAAGUGGAGAAACUGAACAUUUUCCUUUCUCCUCCUGAUGUCAUCAACUAUCUUGCUCUCACAGAAGCCGCAGGACGGAUAUGUGUGUCCCAGUGGGAAGGCCCCCCACGUCUGGGAUGCAUAUUUUGCCACGGAGAUCAUCUGUUGGCAGUGAAUGGCCUGAAGCCCCAGAGCCUGGAGGAGGUCUCCUUGUUUCUCACCCGGUCCAUCCAGAAGGAGAAAUUAAAGCUUACCAUCGGCAGGAUACCAAAUUCAGAGACAUUCCAUGCCGCAUCCUGUACGUGUCCCUCAAAAUGCCAAGGUGCUGCACCUUCUCAGCUGGAUAAGCCUGGACUGGACAGGGCUCCCAAGAGGAGUCCGGCCAUUAAAAAGAGCCAGCAGAAAGGAGCCAGGGAGUAACGCACCCCAGACCCAUGGCAGCAGAACCAGGAUGGAGCUGGGACUGUCCAGCUCUGCCCCCUGCUGCUGCCAUGUGAUAGGAGACAGUCGGCACGCCCCUCUGAAUUUCUGUAUCUGCAUCUUAACAAUGGGGAUGACUAUCCCCUCUCUGGCUAUUGCAUCAGAGAUGUUAAGAGGGUCAUGUGGCAUGAUUGGAGAA